AGGCUUGUUUGCCUCUGCACCAGAGCAGCUCAGGCUCACUUUCACUGCCUGUCCUCAACAUGUGCACAGGAAAGUGUGCUCGCUGUGUGGGACUCUUCCUCAUCCCCCUGUCCCUCAUCUGCAUCGUGGCGAAUUCCCUUCUGCUGGUGCCUAAUGGGGAGACCACCUGGACCAAAAAACUCAGCAAGCAAGUCUGGUACAUGGCUGGCUUCAUUGGUGGGGGCCUGAUGGUGCUGUGUCCAGGAAUUGCAGCCGUUCGGGCAGGGGGCAAGGGAUGCUGUGGUGCAGGCUGUUGUGGAAAUCGCUGCAGGAUGCUGCGCUCCGUCUUCUCCUCGGCUUUGGGGGUGAUCGGAGCCAUCUACUGCCUCUCGGUGUCCGGAGCAGCACUCCAAAGUGGUCCGUACUGCUCAGUGAAUGGUGGAAAGUGGAGCUACCCUUUUGAAAACGACUCAGGCUCCUAUUUGCUCAACCGAACUCUGUGGAGUGAGUGCACAAGUCCCCCUCAUGUGGUCCUCUGGAACGUGACGCUCUUCUCCAUGCUGGUGGCUGCCUCGUGCCUGGAGAUUGUGCUGUGUGGGGUGCAGUUGGUGAACGCUGCUCUUGGUGUCUUCUGUGGCGACUGCAGGAAGAAGAGCUCCCCUCACUGAGGCUCCAUUGACCUGGACACCCACCUGACCCGCCAUGGUGAAGGAAAAAACUGCUCGGAACGCUUCUGUGCAUCUCAGAUUGUGCCCAAUGACAGGAGUGCUCCAAGACUUCUGGAUAAUACAGGGGAGGCGGGGCAUUGGAACUCUGUUUGAGGUCUCUCCGGGUGUUUUCUCAAUAAAUAGUCAUUGAGCAAUUAGCAAACAA